AAACUGGAUUUAAAAUAUAAACUACUAAGUUUUUCCAGUACUGGGCACGUGAACUUAAGGCAUUCGCUCAAGAUACAGCCAGUUUACUAUCAAACAGGUAACAAGACUACACGUAAUACUUGACCAUGACAUCCUCCUGCCCAAACUUGGACGUACGACGUAUGACGUCGGUCUCCACACGCUACGUCGAAACUAACCCCUCCCACAGGCGAAGCGCGCACAUUCCUUUUGUCCAAGAUGGCGGCCUAGGUGCGGGCUGACUGAUGCUAGCUAGAAUGUUUUAAAAAAUAUACUUUAAAACAAGCUCAAAAAAGCUUCUGAUGUCUUAAACACCCGCUGCUGUUUGAUCGUUUCUGCAGUUGAGUACCGUUUACGGAAAUUAUUGGAAUUGCAUUCGGAGCGGGUUGUUGUUUUUGUAGCCGCAAGAAAAAAGUUUGAGCAUCAUUUGAAAAAAGAAAAAUGAAGAGGCAGGCCGAGCGGGACUCGAGUCCUGCUAGAGCUGUUGCUAAAAGAAUGAGAGACAGAGAUCGGGACCGAGAUGGGAGUCGCCGAGAGGACGGCCCUCCUCCGCCGCUGGCCGUGCUGCUCGCUGAGAGCCGGAAUUACCACAAGCAUCAGGCUCGGAGUCGAAGCAGGGAGCGGGAGAAGCCCCGACUUCGGGAGGAGCGCGGCAGCGGGGACCCUCACCACCGACAGCACCUCCACGACCUCGGAUUGAUCGGCCGGCCGCCCUUGCGAACCACAGCCGUGCUACCCAAGAGUAAAGCGGCCGCGGAGCUGCUCAGCGCCCGAGGCAUCGGGGGCUUGGAGUACAAGACACUACUUAUCAGCAACCUGGGCUCGCAGCUGUCCGACGAGCAUGUGGAGGACGGGCUCUUCCACGAGUUCAAGAAGUUCGGCGACGUGAGCGUCAAGCUCUCCCACACUCCAGAGCUCGGCCGGGUUGCCUAUGUGAAUUUCAGGCAUCCAGACAACGCAAAGGAGGCGAGACACUCCAAAGCCAGGUUAGUCCUGUACGACCGGCCGCUUAAAGUGGAGCCCCUGUACCUGAGACGCCGGAGCUGCACGCCGCCUGACGUUGGGUAUAUGCCUUUACACGGGGCUUACCAGUACAGACAGCGGUCCCUUUCGCCUGGACCGGGAGUGAGUAACAUUAGAGAGGGCAGGCUCCGACAUUAUGCCGUUGAGGGACUGGGACUGAGCCGGGAGCGGGAGAGGUCUUUAGAUUACUACACUAUGCUGGACGAGAGGGGGCGGUCCUAUCCGUACCAGCUACCAGAAGAGGACUUGAAACCUGAGGAUGACCAGAGAGCGACCAGGAACCUGUUCAUAGGCAAUCUGGACCACAACGUGUCCGAGGGAGAGCUGAGGAGGGGUUUUGACAAGUAUGGCAUCAUUGAGGAGGUGGUGAUCAAGCGGCCAGCUCGCGGGCAAGGUGGGGCAUAUGCCUUUCUGAAGUUCCAGAACCUAGACAUGGCUCACAGGGCCAAGGUGGCCAUGCAGGGCCGGGUCAUCGGCGGCAAUCCGGUGAAAAUAGGCUAUGGGAAGGCCAAUCCCACCACAAGGCUCUGGGUGGGGGGGCUUGGCCCCAGCACGUCUCUGGCGGCCCUGGCCCGUGAGUUCGACCGCUUCGGCAGCAUCAGGACCAUCGACUACGUCAAGGGCGACAGCUUCGCCUACAUCCAGUAUGAGAGCUUGGACGCUGCGCAGGCUGCCUGUGCCCAGAUGAGGGGUUUCCCCUUGGGUGGUCCCGAGCGGCGGCUGCGCGUGGACUUUGCCAAGGCAGAGGAAGUGCGCGGCUAUCCUCCACAAUACCAGUCGCCCGUGGUGCUGCCUGGCCACUACGACACGGUCUCCGAUGGAUACGGCCGGCACCACAGCCUGGAGCGAGAACUCAGGGCCCGUGACCGUACGCCGACCCAUGGGGUCUUUAGUGACCGCGAGAGGGGCCUGUCGGACAGGGACUGGACCAGCCCACCCAAGGGACUGGAGCGGAGGAAUAGCUCGGAUGCCUUUGGCAGGGGCCGGGCCCGCAGCCGGAGCCGGGAGCGCUGGCCCCGUGAGCGGGAGGGCAAAGCUUGGGAGGAGCGGCGCAAGCGCAGAAGUGCCUCCAGCGACCGGCAGACGGAGGAGCGGGUGAGGCCCAAAGCCCGGGGCUCAGCGGCCGCCUCCCCCGAUCACAGCCCCGACCGAUCCAGGGGGAGGUCCUCAGAACCUGGUGCGGAGCCCAAGGAACUGACUCCGGACAGCAGCCGUCACUCCAGCGAGGACCGGCUGGUGCGGGGUGGGGCGGAGGGAGACCGCAACCACCGGAUGGGGGAGAGUGAAGGGGAAUCUCAGGGCAACGCGGAGCCUAAAACAGAUGGCAAGAAGCCGAGCACGCUGUCAGAGUACGCGCAGACGCUGACGCAGGUGUGGCAGGGCGCUCUGGUGCUCAAGAACAGUUGCUUCCUCACCAACAUGCACAUGCUGGAAGGGGGGGCUGCCUUCCUCAGCUCCCUUAUGAGAGACAACAACGCCCAGGGUGGCAAGAUCCUCCAGCUGAAGAUCGCCCAGCGCCUGCGCCUAGACCAGCCCAAGCUGGAUGAGGUGACUCGGCGCAUUAAACUGGGCAGUCCAGAUGCAUACGCUGUGCUGCUGGCCGUGCAGGGCCCCGUCGAUAAGGACGCGCCCCCUCCGGAACCCGGCCUGCAAAGACGCCUGCUGCGCAACCUGGUUACAUACCUCAGGAACAAGCAAGCUGCCGGCGUCAUCGGCCUGCCCCUAGGGGGCGCCAAGGACCGUGAGAUGAGUGGGAUGCUGUAUGCCUUCCCUCCUUGCGAAUUCUCCCAGCAGUACCUCCAGGAGGCCCUGAGGACUUUGGGCAAGGUCGAGGAGGAGCAUCUUGUGAUUGUUAUCGUCAGGGACUCGGUUUGAGAACCCACCCUCUAUCGGAUGUAGUUUUUUUUUUUGUACAGACAUUUCCACUAAAUAAGCUCAUGGGUUUUUAGACUGAAUGAAACAAGCAAGCCUGCAUCACCUCCAAAAGGACUCCUGUGAUUUAUUGAUGCUAAGAGGUGUGGGCUUAUUCCUCCAAGCGAAAUUGUGAAACUGACCUGACAGUUGUCUCCAGUCAAGUCUUGAUUACUAAUAUAAAGUUUCACUUUAUUCCCCCCCCCCCCCCCCCCAUUAUAUUAACGCUAAUACAUUUCAGUUGAUGUUCAUUGUUCCAAAAAUGGAAUUUUUAUGCAGACUGACUAGGGUUUUAACUCUGAUUGUAGAAAGGGUGUUUCCUGUACUGAGGUCGAUCUUAUAUUUUAUUAACAUCAUUCCAGAAAUUAAUGUACAAUCUUUAAAAAAAAAAAAACUUGUUUCAAGUACUGCAUGCAGGAGGUUUUUGAAUAUUUUGGCCGACGAUCCAGUUUAAUGGAUUCUUAUUGGACAGAAGUGUAAGUGGUUACAGGGCUGUGGUUUUUAAAAAGCUGUUUUGUACUGUAUCUCUACGUCUGUCUGUGCGUCAGUGUUUUUAACUGUUGUCCUGUAUUUUUUUUUAAUUCUGUGUGUUUUGUUUCUCUUCCACAAGAUUAUAGCAACCAGAAUGUAACACUAAAGACUGCAGAUCCCACUCAUCUGGAAAGCAAAUUGUUUAUUUUUGUUUUUUUUUUUAAUUAUUUAAACCGGAGAAGCAAUUCAGUGUGAGGAUAAGUCAGCAUUAAACUACCUCUACAGUGCUUAUCAAAUGUUACUCCUCAGUUAUUAUAAACACUACAGAUAAGUUCUGUUCCCGUCCCUCCCAGAAACUUUCUAGUGCCGCGCCAGUAAGCCUAAAUAGUCAGAGUGAUUUAUUAUUGAAACACUAUUGAAUAAAGAAAGAGAACAGCAUUUCUUUUUUUUUCCUCCCACUUAGGAAUUAAAAUGUUUAUCGAACCCAAAGCAGAUAUGCGAUCGUCUUGGCCAGCAGAGGUCACUGUUUAGUAAUCAUUUGCUUUUUGUUUUUAAAUAAGGUUUUCCGUUCUCUCCUCCACAAUCUGAUGUUUCCUCCGGCUGUUUUCCAUGCGGCCCCAUUGCCAGUUAAAUAGCCAACGUACUGAGGAAGAUCGGAAGGUGCGGGUCCGUGCGGGCCUUUCUGCAUCGGGACUGAAGACGUGAAGUUUCUCCUGGUGCGAUCUCUGCUGUAGUCGCUGGCAGGUGGCGCUCUCUUCAGUUGCCAAGGGUUUUCGUGAAGUCCACCGUCCCCUUGUGCGUAUUGCACAACACGGAGACUGCGUCCUUGUUAACAGCUUAAUAAUGUUACGUUUGACAUUUUAGAACAACUAAAAGGUAUCUUACACAAUCUGUUUUUAUAUUUCAAUUAGGUUUUUCUUUUGUAUUUUAACUGUAUGCUGUAUGAAACUCAGUAAACAUUUUAAUGUUCCCAUUUUUAA